CACCCUUACACACACUAGCGAAAGUCAUGAAUGUCUAGAUUGCGGAGAGAGAUUCACUUUGAAGAAUGACCUCGACAUUCAUACUCUUACACAUGCUGGUGAAAGAAAUCAUGAAUGUCUUGAAUGUGGAAAGAGAUUUACCCAGAUGGGUCACCUAAAGGAGCACACCCUUACACACACUGGAGAAAAGAAUCAUGAAUGUCCAGAAUGUGGAAAGAGAUUCACCUUGAAGAAUGACCUUGACAUACAUACUCUUACACAUGCUAGGGAAAGAAAACAUGAAUGUCUUGAAUGUGGAAAGAGAUUUGCCCAGAGAAGUCACCUCAAGGACCACACCCUCACACACACUGGGGAAAAGAAUCAUGAAUGUCCAGACUGUGGAAAGAGAUUUGCCCUGAAGAGUAACCUCAAAAAACACACACCUACACACACUGGGGAAAGAAAUUAUGAAUGUCUAGAAUGUGGAAAAAGUUUUGCCUGGAAGAGUAAUCUCAAUGAUCACAUCCUAACACACACUGGUGUAGGAGAUCAUAAAUGUCCAGAAUGUGGAAAGAGAUUUUUCUAUACGAGUGCCCUUAACACACACAUCCUAACACACACUGGUGAAAGAAAACAUGAAUGUCUAGAAUGUGGAAGGAGAUUCGCCCUUAAGGGUGCCCUCAACAGACACAUCUUUUCACACACCGGUGAAAAAAAUCAUGAAUGUCUAGAAUGUGGAAAGAGAUUCAUCCGGAAAUAUGACCUAGACAAACACACUGACACACACACUGGUGAAAAUCAUGAAUGUUUAAACUGUGGAAAGUUAUUUGCCUAUAAGCAUGCCCUCCGCAAGCACACACUGACACAUGCUGGGGAAAAGAAUCAUGUGUGCCAUUUAUGUGGAAAGAGGUUUACCCUGAAGAGUAAUCUCAAAAGACACACCCUGGCACACGCUACUGAAAGUCAUGAAUGUCUAGACUGUGGAAAGAAAUUCACCUUGAAGAAUGACCUCAACAUACAUACUCUUACACAUGCUGGUGAAAAAAGUCAUGAAUGUCUAGAAUGUGGAGAGAGAUUUAUCCAGAAGUGUAACCUCAUCUCACAUACCCUUACACACAUUAAAAGAAAACAUGUAUGUCUUGAAUGUGGGAAGACAUUAGCCCAUAAGAGUACCCUUAAGGCACACAUCCUAACACACACUGGUGAAAGAAAACAUGAAUGUCUAGAAUGUGGAAAGAGAUUCACCCAGAAGGGUGCUCUCAACAGACAUAUCUUGACACACACCGGUGAAAAAAAUCAUGAAUGUCUAGAAUGCGGUAAGAGAUUCACCCGGAAAAGUGACCUUGAUGUACACAUUGUAACACACACUGGUGAAAGAAAUCAUGAGUGCCCAGAGUGUGGCAAGAGAUUUUUUUCAAAGUUUGUAUUAAACAAUCACAUCCACAGACACACUGGCCUGAGAGAGUUCAAGUGUGAUGUUUGCGGAAAGGACUUCAAGACGAAGGGGGAUAUCUCUGCACACAUGAAGAUCCAUUUCUGAGGUGCUGUAUUGUGCUCUAGUGCUGCUGUGUGUGGGGGUGUUGAGAUGCAUCUUUGCAUUCAAGACAGAGCAAGAUGUCUUGACUGAAUCUUGUAUAGUCAUGGCAUCCAAGAUGUCUAGUUAUGCCAGGCUGUCUUUUUCCCCGCAAGACAUGACUCCUGGGUGUUGGCAGCAGAGGAAACACAAGGAUGGCAGACACAACACAGGGCUCCAGCUGCCAUUCAUGUCAAAAACAAUCCUGACUGGGCACUUGUACUGAACCUUGGGCAAAAGAACUUUAUACCCAAUGAGCCCCAUGCAAUGAAGUCACUGGAACGGUAUGAGCGAUUGCUGACAUUGCCUGACAAGGAAGAACCGAACUAAAGAUUUGGAUGCUGCGCGAGGGGUUCUACAUUUACACAAACAAGCAGAGCCUGUCCUGAGGUGCUGACUGAUGACCCCCAAGCCUGCCCUGAGGUGCUGACUGGUGACGCCCAAGCCUGCCCUGAGGUGCUGACUGGUGACUCCCAAGCCUGCCCUGAGGUGCUGACUGAUGACCCCCAAGCCUGCCCUGAGGUGCUGACUGAUGACCCCCAAGCCUGCCCUGAGGUGCUGACUGGUGACCCCCAAGCCUGCCCUGAGGUGCUGACUGAUGACCCCCAAGCCUGCCCUGAGGUGCUGACUGGUGACCCCCAAGCCUGCCCUGAGGUGCUGACUGAUGACCCCCAAGCCUGCCCUAAGGUGCUGACUGAUGACCCCCAAGCCUGCCCUGAGGUGCUGACUGGUGACGCCCAAGCCUGCCCUGAGGUGCUGACUGAUGACCCCCAAGCCUGCCCUGAGGUGCUGACUGGUGACGCCCAAGCCUGCCCUGAGGUGCUGACUGGUGACGCCCAAGCCUGCCCUGAGGUGCUGACUGGUGACGCCCAAGCCUGCCCUGAGGUGCUGACUGGUGACGCCCAAGCCUGCCCUGAGGUGCAGACUGGUGACGCCCAAGCCUGCCCUGAGGUGCUGACUGGUGACUCCCAAGCCUGCCCUGAGGUGCUGACUGGUGACUCCCAAGCCUGCCCUGAGGUGCAGACUGGUGACGCCCAAGCCUGCCCUGAGGUGCUGACUGAAGAACUACAAGAAUAUCAGGAAGAGACUCUGCAGAAAAUAUCGUGAGCAUCACAGACUGAACUUUCCUCUAAUAUGAUUGGGGUAUUGCUAGAUGAUUUCAAUCAUACAACUGUGGAGAAAGUUAACUUAUGACAGGUAGUAGAUAGUUUGAAAUUCACAGAAAACUUCUUCAAAGAUUAUGACAAGAAAGUGAAAUUCUAUACUGGACUUCAUCAUUACAUUAAUCUGAUAGUUUUGUUUGACUUCAUUAAUCCAUAAGGUGUGAUUCACGUCACAUGACAUGCUUCUGUUGGGUAUGCCGACAGGUUUCUCACAUCACAUGACGUUUUUCAAAUAUCUUGUUUCUGCUCCACAUGCUUGCUUUGUAUGGGCGAUAACUAUUCCUCUGGGAGUGUCUGGCAUAUCACUCUUGAAGAUACGAGUCCUGGUUAUGCUCUCAGAGUCAGUACAUAAUGAGUAAUCAUGUCGAGUAGACGUCAGGCCUCCCUGAAUGUAGAGCAGACGCGAGCUUUACUUUUCAGUGAGGAUGAUGGAGCAAUUGUUGAUUAUUCUGGUAGCUCUGAUAGUGAUAACCCUCUAGAAGCCUUAAAUGAUACUUGCGGCUUGAUCGCAUUUAGUAGAGUAGUGUGAGAGAGAGGCAGACAUAACACAACCUCAAAUCCUGUAUUAUGAUGAGAACAGGAAUUACUCGGCUUUGGGAGUACAUUAGAGUGGAUUAACUGUUUAAGGUGAUUGAUACUUCCUGCUCGAACGCUUUAGGUACUCUUUAAAUCAGUCGGUUAAACCUUAUAAUCAAUCCCUCAUAUCCUUUAUCAUGUAAAAAACAGGAACUCUUUGCUUAGGCCUAGGCUUAGAUGAUAGUAAUAUAGAUAAAGAUUAUGUGUAUAGUGGAGAGGGUGAUGCUGAAAGCGAGGAAGUAAGUGAUGAAGAGUUAGCGUUUGCUGAACUAGCCUGCCGCCGACACCAUGCACCCCAGCUGGUGCUGCCUCAUUUGUUCCAUCGCCCACUGCCUGGUUACAUGCUCCCAGGAAUCGGUCAAAGAGGAGAAGGACAGAUACAUGCAGCAGCGCUCAGACACUCGAUACCACUGCCAAGAAUGUGGUGUUCCACUCUGCAUGGAACCAUGUUUUGAAGAGUAUCACACACAUGUAUUAUUCUAAAUUGUUGUAUACAUUUUGUUAAGCAUUUAUGAAUGGGUUAGAUUUUGAAUUCAUUUAAUAUAUAAACUAGAUAUUAUAUAUUAAGCAAAUUUGUGGUAUUAUAAAACUAAAGAAGUUUCUUACUAAGUUACUAGUGGCAGUGCCUAGUGAUAAGGAGUUACAAAUUCAAUACAUUGACAUAUUAUUUAAUUUUUAUCACCUAUGAAAAACAACUGUAAAAAUAAUGGUUUGCUAUGCACAUAUUGUAUGAAUAUUGUUCAUUGAUUUUUAGUGAAUAAAAAGCCCCCACCCCCU